AUGACAUCUGAGGGCGACGUUGCUCAAUCUGAUCCCGCCGCCGUUACGACGGUCAUCUGGGGAACAACGGUCAAUAUGGCACAGGCGAUGAAUAUGUUCAGGAACUUCAUAUUGAACUUUUGUCGGAAUGAUGCGAAUGCGGGAACGGAUGACAUGGAGACGGACUCUGUGCCGUUCUAUCCUCGGUUGCUCCAAAACUUGAAAGACAGCGAACGGUACAACAUGAACUUGGACUGCUCGAACAUUCGUAGCUACAGGCCGUCUUUGAAGCUGUACCACCAACUCCAAAGAUACCCUCAAGAAGUCAUCCCUCUCAUGGAUCAUGUUCUGUCAGAAAUUGCACGGGAAAUGUUCGAUGACUUCCCUGAAGGUGUCCAAAUGAGAGUUCGUCCUUUCAAUCUGGAAAGAUCCGUGAACUUGAGGCAGCUAAACCCAUCGGACAUUGAUCAGCUCGUGACGGUUAAAGGAAUCUUGAUCAGGUCUUCGCCGUUAAUUCCCGACUUGAAUCUAGCUUUCUUCCGGUGCCAUGUUUGUGAUCACACCGUAGAGGUCGAAACCGAUCGUGGACGGGUCGACGAACCUACGAGAUGCCCGCGUGAGGCUUGCAAAACACAAAACUCGAUGAGGCUGGUCCACAAUCGAUGCGUGUUUGCCGACAAACAGAUUUGCCGUCUUCAAGAGACCCCCGAUGAGACACCCGACGGUCAAACUCCGCACACGGUCUCGAUGUGCAUAUACAAUGAUCUCGUCGACGUGUCCAAAGCUGGUGACAGGGUGGAGAUCACUGGUAUCUUCCGUGGAGUCCCUGUGCGUGUUAACCCCCGUCAAAGGGCUAUCAAGGCCCUCUUCAAGACUUACGUGGACAUUGUUCACAUCAAGCGCACUGACGACAAGAGGCUCGGUGUAGACAAAAGCAUACAUGCUGAAAACGAAUACACAGUCGACUUUGAUGAAGGCGAUAGUCUCCAAGAGGCCGAUCCCGUUCAGGAGCAGACCAUCAUUGAGCUAUCCCAACGGCCGGACAUGUACGAUCUUCUCUCGCGCUCCAUCGCGCCUUCGAUCUUUGGAUUGGAAGAUGUCAAGAAAGGAGUUCUCUUGCAACUGUUUGGAGGGGCCAACAAGUUUAACAAAGAGAAGCCCGGAACGCCGCGUAUCCGUGGAGACAUCAAUAUCCUGCUGGUUGGAGACCCUGGUGUCAGUAAAUCUCAAUUGCUCGCUUACGUGCAUAAGGUUGCGCCCAGAGGUGUCUACACAUCUGGAAAAGGAUCGUCUGCUGUUGGUUUGACGGCGUAUAUCACAAGGGACCCGGAUAGCAAGCAACUCGUGCUGGAGAGUGGUGCCUUGGUGCUGAGUGAUGGAGGAAUCUGCUGUAUCGAUGAAUUCGAUAAAAUGUCGGACUACACCCGAUCUGUCCUUCACGAAGUCAUGGAACAACAAACUAUCUCCGUCGCUAAAGCUGGCAUCAUCACAACCCUCAACGCCCGUACAUCCAUUCUUGCAUGUGCGAAUCCCAUCAAGUCCAAAUUCGACGAGAACCUCUCUGUUAUCGAGAACGUGAACCUCCCGGCACCAUUGCUAUCGAGGUUCGACCUGACCUAUUUGAUCUUGGACAAGCCGAACGAGCGCGACGAUCGCAGAUUGGCCCAGCAUUUGGUUGGGUUCUAUGUUGGAGCUGAGGAGCUUCAGCGGCGAUUGGUGCACAUGGACGAGUUUGUGCCCAUCGAGACGUUUGCAAAGUACAUCAACUACGCACGGUCAAAGAUCAACCCAGUCAUCUCUGAGGAUGCUGGUGAAGCGCUGAUUGACUAUUACGUGAAGCUGCGGAACAUGGGGAAAGAUGGCGGCAGCAACACCGUCACGUUCACAACCAGGCAGCUGGAGAGUAUGAUUCGGUUGGCUGAGGGACAUGCUCGGAUGAGGCUGUCUUUGACUGUAGACAGGAUUGAUGUCGACGAAGCCCAUCGCUUGGUCCACACCGCCCUUCAGACCGCCGCCAUCGACCCCAAAACCGGAUUGAUCGAUUUAGAUCUCGUCAACACGGGCAUCAGCUCCCGAUCGCGACGGGUGCAUGCGGACAAGCGAGCCGCUUUGCGAGCGCUUCUUCAGAACAUGGACCGCGUUAGCGUCAAGUGGGUUGAGGCUUUCCGCAUGUUUGGGGACCAGUCCGAUGAGCACAUCCCUGAAUACGAAUUCAACCAGCUACUGGACGAGCUGUCGGAUGAGGGUUCGGUGCACGUUACAGGGCGUAGCAAUGCUGAAAAGAUGAUUCGCAAGACGGGAGGGAUGUGA